UCAUCAAAAACGAACGUUCAACAACCCUUUAAAGUUAAUGUCUCACGAAACAAUAAAGCUUUUAUUUGGGAUGCUAAAAAUCAUCGCAUAGUCGGCUCAUUUGUCGGCAGUCUUCCUCGAUAUCCAUUACAAAAUCAACUUCUCGGAUUACCUCUCUCUUUAAUGCCCGAAGAAGUUACAUUACUUUUAUCCAAAGUACCCACAAAAUCGCAAAUUGAAGAAUUUGAAAAAAAUAAAUCGGAAAAUGAGAAUCAACAACUGCAAGAUUAUUUACAUGAACAUGAAACUUCACUGAUUAAAGCUUUUGCUCCAACUAUUACUAUUAAAACUUCAUCAACAUCAUUUGAAUGGUACAAUGAUAAUGAUUGUUGUUUUAAUUCCCUAGAGGUGGCCAGAUUGGCUGGAUUGUGGACAUGGCCAUCGACACCGAAAGAGGAAUACAAAUUUAAG